CAGGCCGAGCGGUGCGGGGUGGAGCCGAUCGCACUCUUUCCGAGGCGGGGUGGCCCCGGGUAGCGGCGUCUUGUUGGUCUUGGGGGGUGCAGAGCCGGUAACAGCAUGCAGACCAGCUCCAAGCAAGCGGUGCAGGCGGCGGCGCAAGAGCUGCUGAAGUUUGUGCACCGCAGCCCGUCCCCUUACCACGUGGUUGCUGAAUGUCGGAAACGCCUGCUUCAGGCUGGUUUCCAAGAACUGAAAGAAACUGAACACUGGGAUAUCAAGCCUGACAGAAAGUAUUUUGUGACCCGAAAUAUUUCAACGUUGGUUGCUUUUGCUGUGGGAGGACAAUUCCAGCCAGGUAAUGGCUUCACAAUUGUUGGAGCUCACACUGACAGUCCCUGUCUACGGGUGAAACGGUCUUCAACAUGUAACCAGGAAGGUACAGUCCAGGUGGCCGUGGAAACAUAUGGAGGUGGUAUCUGGAAUACCUGGUUUGAUCGUGACCUCUCUGUGGCUGGAAGAGUAAUUUUUAAGGAGCUGUCCACAGGGCGGCUGGAGCAACAGCUAGUGAAGGUGGAACAGCCCAUUCUCCGCAUCCCAAAUUUGGCCAUCCAUCUCCAGCGCAAUGUGAAUGAGAGCUUUGGACCAAACACUGAGAAAAACCUGGUUCCAAUUCUUGCCACUCAAGCCCAGGAGAUAUUGGAGAAGGGAGACUCCAUGACAGAAGACAGCUGCACCCAAUCUUUCCAGAAUCGCCAUGCUCCAAUUCUGAUCUCCCUUCUCUGCUCCCAGCUGGAAGUGAAACCUGAACAACUGGUGGAGAUGGAACUGUGUUUAGUAGAUACCCAACCCCCAACACUGGGUGGUGCCUUCAAUGAAUUCAUAUUCUCUCCUCGACUGGAUAACCUCCACAGCUGCUAUUGUGCCCUGCAGGCUUUGAUUGAAUCUACCGAAGAGCCUGACGUUCUUGCCCGAGAGCCAAACGUGCGCAUGAUUGCACUCUACGACAACGAAGAGGUUGGUUCAGAAAGUGCUCAAGGCGCUGCAUCGCUCCUCACGGAGCUCAUCCUUCGUCGCAUCUCCGCUUCGCCCCAGAACAUCACGGCCUUUGAGGAAGCGGUGCCCAAAUCGUGCAUGAUCAGUGCAGAUAUGGCUCAUGCGGUGCACCCCAAUUAUGCGGACAAGCAUGAUAAGAACCAUCGGCCACAGUUUCACAAGGGACCUGCUCUGAAAAUAAACAGCAACCAACGCUAUGCCUCCACUGCUGUCACAGAGGCAUUGAUUCGUGAGAUUGCCACUCGUGUCAAUGUCCCUCUACAAGAAUUUAUGGUUCGAAAUGAUUCUCCUUGUGGCACAACCAUUGGACCCAUCCUGGCUUCCCACCUUGGUUUACGUGUUCUUGAUAUGGGUUGCCCACAAUUAGCUAUGCACUCCAUUCGUGAGAUGUGCUGCACCUCAGGGGUCCUUCAGACCAUCACUCUCUUCAAGGGCUUCUUCAAUUUGUUUCCCACCUUGGAUCAGGCACUUCUGAGCAGCUGAUGGGCAGCCUGAAUGCUGAAAGAGGCUCUCCCUUUUCCUUAGGCUGGAUAAUAAUUAAAGCAGCUUUAAUCCAGUGACCUCUGUGCAGUUCAGAGGCUUGCUGAGUUUUGAUUUGUUUUUCUGCCUCGCCUCAGAACAGAAAUUACCUCUUAGGCAUAUUUACAUUAUUAUGGCUGAGCCCGAGAGGCAUAAAAUAACCUUUGAACCCCCCCUUUUUUUUCCUUUCUGUCAACAGUAAGAUGGUGAAAUUUAAAUACUGGCCCCUGGAAUAAGAUUAAUAUUUCAAGUGGGAAGUAAAAUUACAGAUGACAUUCUGGUGUUGGUAAAUGCCAAAUGAUGCAGACCUCCGUUUCUCCUUCCACUCCCACAUCCCCUGCUUGCACAGGCUGUAUGAAAUUAGCAAGGCGAUGCUAGCUCAUCGAGUAACAUACAAAGGUCACGUAUGCAGAACUGCUCCGCAUAGAUUACGUUCUUAGAGGACCUUUAUAAGUAUGCAAUCACAUCAUAAUGGGAGAGUGGGGGCCGUUGCAUGUUGUACCUCUUUGCAUAUCUAAAAGAUUUUAAAAUAUUGCUGUGUGGGGAAAAGAGCAAUCCAGAGUCACAAACCUGGAUGUUACUAGGAGAACUAGUGCUGCAAAGAUGCUAGCAGAACAUUUCCUCCCACUAUCGCCGUAUUCUAUUCAUCAGCCAUCACAGAUGAGCGUUCCCUACCCUGAUACCCUCGAGGUGUGUUGAUCCUUCGUUCUCUAGCCAGCAAAGUUGCAGGUUUUGCUGACAAUUCAGUGGUACCACAAUCAGUUUAUAAUUGGUCUUUGUGAACAAAAUGACCUGUAGAAGAUACUGAGUGGCAUACAAGAUUGAAAUAAAAUUGCUAUGACCUUUCA